AUCAGCCAAACAACAAGUGCAGCUUUCAGACUCGUAUCUGCCCGUCGCGAUGCAAGUGAUCGCGCAUCUCGCCGACCAGAUGGCAUUCGAGGCUAAGGACGAGCCGGCUAAACCAACCGCAAAACCUACCAUCAAACCUUCCAAUGACCCAAUACCAACAAAGCCACCGAGUUAUCCAAAGCCAACUUACAAACCGACCAAUACCUGGCCGAAGCCGACAAAUAAGCCAACUAACAGUUGGACAAAGCCGACCACUCCGAAGCCGCAAGCAACAACACCCUUCCACCGACCAGGCCUCUAUGCUCCAGUAGUGCCACCAAAACCCUCCGAUCGCAACCAGAUACCCAAACUAGGAUUUGUCCUCCUCCCAUUUGACUAUAACACACAGUACACCGUCAUCGAGCCACAGGAGAAGCGCACUGAGGAACCAUUUUUAUCCAUACAUGAAGAAGAGGUCAAGCCUAUAAUGGAGCCAGCUAAAGAAGCACCUCUACUUCCUCCACACUUUGACGCUGAAGUUGACAAGAUAUCUCGGCGCGCCGACGAUAUUGACGAGGAAAUAACAGACGAUAAUCUGCAAUAUUUGUCACAGAAUGUAAGAGAUUUGAUCAAAAUGGCAAAUGACCCUGAUGAUGAGAGAGUUGUAGAUGUGUGGGAAGGUGUAAGGGCCAACAACCAGGAGUUCACGCCGAAGGGAAAGCUGUCAGCUUCCAAUUUGAGGCUUUUGCUGCUGUAUGAUCUACUAAGCCGGGAGGCGAAGAGGCAGCGGCUUUCUAAUUAUAGCGGUUUCUCUCCCGAUGUGAUGAAAAACCUAGUGGAGUCGUCGUCGGGCGGUGCGCUUGCGCAACUGAGCUUUGCACUAGCCCGCAUGGUGGACCGCCGGGACUGCGAGCACGAAUACGCCAACAACCGGGCCAAAGAAAUGGUCCAGGAGCUUGCCAAGGACGACUCCACACUCUCCAACGAACUUAGAUACUUGCAACCUUUAGUUUAUAAGUACUAAAGAUUUAUUUAAGAAGAUAUUUUUGCUGAAUUAAGGUUUUUUGUUCUGGGACUUUGCUUUGUUAAGACUGAUAUUUUUAUAUAUAUAUCUUUUCUACUAUCAUCAAUCCGUUUGAGUAA